AUGUCGACCACCGUCAACGUUCAGAACAUCUCUGCCCAGACCUCGGAGAAGGAGGUUCGCGACUUCUUCUCGUUCUGCGGCAAGAUCUCAAACAUUUCCGCCACCCCCGAGUCUAACGAUGCCGACAGCGUCAAGUCUGCUUCGGUCACUUUCGAGAAGGAGUCGGCAGCCAAGACUGCUCUGCUCCUUGACAACACCCAGCUCGGUGCCAACCAGGUCCACGUCACCUCCGUUGCCUCUCUCGACGAGCUUUCUGGUGGAAAGCUGUCCGCUGCCGAUGAAGAGCACUCCUCCGAAGACAACAUUUCUCAAGAGGACAAGCCCCGCUCUCGCAUUGUUGCCGAGUACCUUGCCCACGGCUACACCAUCAGCGACAAGGCCAUUGAGCGCGCUCUCGCCCUCGACCAGCAGCACGGUGUCAGCGCUCGCUUCACCUCGACCCUCCAGCAGUUUGAUGCCAAGUACCAGGCUACCGCAAAAGCUCAGGGAAUUGACCAGAAGUACGGUGUUACUGACAAGGGUGUCGCUGCCUGGUCCGGCUUGAACUCUUACUUCGAGAAGGCUCUCGGUACUCCCACCGGUCAGAAGCUCAGAGACUUCUACAACCAGGGCAGCAAGCAGGUCCUCGAUGUCCACAACGAGGCCCGUCACCUUGCCAACCUCAAGACCGGCAAGAACGACGUUCACUCCGUCGGAAACGGCAAGACCAAGUGUAUGUUCUACCGUCUCCGAGGCUUGCGUCCAAAUUACUAA